GGAAAAUCUGCUGCUUUCCCAUUCCAAUCGGCCAGGCGCAACAUGGCGGACUAGGAGAGGCGGCACGACAGCGCCCGGAUACAGCGAGUAAAACGCGGGAUACAGGCACCCGGCGUUGCGGAGAGCACGAAAACGGAUCCUGGUGGAAGAGAGGAGGAAAUAAGACGAAAAACAGGGCACUUUGGGACUUGUUUGGACAUGUAAUUUUGAAGCAGGUUCCGAGCGGGCCGUGUACAGCGCAACCUCGGCACUCUGGGUGAGGAGGAGUCCGGGGCCGGGACAUCGAGUGCUGGAUACCAACUUCACAAACCCCCUCUCUUCAGUGCAGCUAAUAAAGAUCUACAGUGUGUGGAGAAAAGGGCGGUGAGGCAAUCGUUGUGCGAAUGAGUGAGUGAUGCAGAGCACUUUUUUGCAGGGCAGUAUGGGUCUGUGUCCCCUGCUCCUGUUGUUUGCGUUGGCCUUUGGUUGGGCCCAGGAAACACCCAAGCUCUCAGAUCCGAAUCAGAUUGUGACACCCACAACCCCUUCUCCCACAGCGCACAACCUUACUCAUGGCCCCACCCCUUCAAUCACAGCCCCGCCCACCGAGCAACCUGCCAUCGGUGACUCCACGAAUGUAACGGCAAAGACACCAGCUCAAGGGGACCCCAUAGCCCCUCCUACCCCUGCUCCACCUCUGCCUCCCGGCGACACUAAUCACACCGGUGCUCCGCCCACAGGGCCUACCACCGUCCCUUCCGCUGUUCGUCCCACGACCCUGUCCACUCCUUCCACGGCUGCGGGCCCUUCCGCUGCAACCCUCGCCGAUGAAAAUAAGCCAGAUCACGAUGUUUCGAGUACUCAUCCCAGUACGACCACUGAAAUCAGCACCACGCCAUUCGUCAGCAUUCCUCCAGGAGGAAGCGGAGGCGGUGAAGACACGGCGAUCAUCGCUGUGACGGUGGCUUUAUCGUCUCUGCUGGUCAUCAUCUUCAUCAUCAUCGUCCUCUAUAUGCUCAGGUUUAAGAAGUACAAGCAGGCAGGAAGCCACUCAACCUCCUUCAGACUGACCAAUGGCAGGACGGACGAUACAGAGCUUCAGAGUGUGCCGCUAUUGGCCCGCUCGCCCAGCACAAACAGGAAGUACCCGCCCCUUCCAGUAGACAAGCUCGAGGAGGAAAUGAACCGCCGCAUGGCUGAUGACAACAAACUCUUCCGGGAGGAAUUCAAUGCGUUGCCAGUCUGCCCCAUCCAGGCCUCGUGUGACGCCGCCUCCAAAGAGGAGAACAAGGAGAAGAACCGAUACGUCAACAUUCUGCCUUAUGAUCACUGCAGGGUACAUCUCUCCCCUCUAGAGGGCGUCCCAGACUCAGAUUUCAUCAACGCUUCUUACAUUAAUGGCUAUCAGGAGAAGAACAAAUUUAUAGCUGCCCAAGGGCCAAAAGAGGAGACUGUGAACGACUUCUGGAGAAUGAUCUGGGAGCAGAACACUGCCACCAUUGUCAUGGUGACCAACCUGAAGGAGAGGAAGGAGUGUAAGUGUGCUCAGUACUGGCCGGAUCAGGGCUGCUGGACGUACGGGAACAUCCGUGUUUCUGUAGAGGACAUGACGGUGCUGGUGGACUACACCGUACGCAAGUUCUGCAUUCAGCAGGUGGGGGAUGUAUCAGGGAAGAAGCCCCAGAGGCUGGUGACUCAGUUCCAUUUCACCAGCUGGCCAGACUUUGGUGUGCCCUUUACCCCCAUCGGCAUGCUUAAGUUCCUUAAAAAGGUUAAAGCGUGCAACCCACAGUAUGCUGGGCCCAUAGUGGUACACUGCAGCGCGGGUGUCGGGAGGACGGGCACCUUCAUCGUGAUCGACGCCAUGCUGGACAUGAUGGCCGCCGAGAGGAAGGUGGACGUGUUCGGCUUCGUCACGAGAAUCCGAGCCCAGCGGUGCCAGAUGGUCCAGACCGAUAUGCAGUACGUAUUUAUUUUCCAGGCUCUGUUGGAACACUACCUGUAUGGAGACACAGAACUGGAGGUCACCUCUUUAGAGUCUCACCUGGCCAAACUCUACUCUCCUUUACCUGGAGCCGGCUGUGGCGGGCUGGAGGCGGAGUUUAAGAAACUCACUUCUAUAAAGAUCCAGAAUGAUAAAAUGAGAACCGGGAACCUUCCAGCCAACAUGAAGAAGAACCGUGUGCUGCAGAUCAUUCCGUACGAGUUUAACCGCGUGAUCAUUCCUGUAAAGCGCGGUGAGGAGAACACGGACUACAUCAAUGCGUCCUUCAUCGAUGGCUACAGGCAGAAGGACUCGUACAUGGCGUGUCAGGGCCCAUUGCAGCACACCAUCGAGGACUUCUGGAGGAUGAUCUGGGAGUGGAGGAGCUGCUCUAUCGUGAUCCUCACCGAACUGGAGGAGCGAGGACAGGAGAAGUGUGCUCAGUACUGGCCCACUGAUGGAGUGAUGGUGUGUGGUGAUAUGUCCAUUGAGCUGAAGAGAGAGGAGGAAUGUGAGAGCUACACUGUCAGAGAUCUGCUCGUCACCAACACUAGAGAGAAUAAAUCUCGUGCUGUGCGUCAGUUCCAUUUUCACGGCUGGCCUGAGGUGGGCAUCCCUGCCGACGGUAAAGGCAUGAUCAACAUCAUUGCUGCCGUGCAGAAACAGCAGCAGCAGUCUGGAAACCAUCCAAUCACAGUGCACUGCAGCGCCGGCGCCGGUCGUACGGGCACAUUCUGCGCUUUGAGCACGGUUCUGGAGCGUGUGAAGGCAGAGGGCAUUCUAGACGUCUUUCAGACGGUGAAAAGCCUGCGACUGCAAAGACCACACAUGGUGCAGACACUGGAGCAGUAUGAAUUUUGCUACAAAGUGGUCCAGGAAUACAUCGAUGCCUUUUCCGACUAUGCCAAUUUUAAGUAGGGACCCUACCGAGGGUGCGACGUCCUCAGCCUCUCUCUCACACACACAAAGUUACACGCGCACGCUCGGCACCGGACUGGCCGUAAUCACAGAAAAGGGAACGAGGACCGAGGAGCGCGCGAGGGACGGCAUUUUUGUCACACACACAAAAAAAACAAAACAAAAGAUGCCUUCUCGAGUAUUUUGUAAUUCCGUGUAUCGUUUGUUAAUAUGUUCCUGUUUAUUUUUUUCCCAGUGUAAAUACACUUCGCCCAUCAUUUAUCUGUUUUUAGAUGCGAGUUUUAGAGUGAUCUCUCUUCCUAAUGUAGUUUACAGGUAUAUGAGUAUAAACAUAGUUAUAUGACUCUAAGUUGGUUUUGAAUUGAACAGCUGGACCAUGGGGUGACUAGUAUUUUUUUUUUUUUUUUUUUAAAUCUUUUCUUUUUUCCUGUUUUCUAUUGGUGCAGCCGAGUGACCGAGACCUGACCACUCAAACCUGUUGCACUUUUGCUUGCAGCCGUAUUUUCUGGCUGACUUACGCAAGUAGCACAGAGUACAUACCUUUUGCAUUUCCUUAAAAUAUACAGAGCAUUGACCAGUUCUGUGCUGGAGAAACCAGGGUGAUUUUUUUUUUUGUUUUGUUUGUUUGUUUUUUGUUUAAAUAUUCUUUCCCCUCCUUCUAAAAAAGCAGCAAUGUAUUGGAUGAGGUACCUCGCGGUUCCUCGUGGAGGACCAUUUAAGAACCGACAAACUGAUGCCGGUGUGAUUUUUAAUUCUCUCACUUAAGAAAAAAACCUUUGACACUGUUUUAGACACGGUCGCAGCGUCUGGGCGCCAUUUUCCUUCAGCACCGCUGCGUUUCAGUCGUUCUUAUCGAUACGUUUGGGCUCCGAGAGCGUGGCUCGUGUGGUCCUCAGAGAUGUCUGACCAGGUGCUUCUUUUCUUGCAGUACGGAAUGGCACAAAAUCUCUGCGAUGAUCAUCGGAACGGGAAUACGUCGACGUUAUUAAUAGGCAAAGAGGAUCGGACGUCUGCUUGUUGUUCGAACACGUCAACCGACGGUUUCCGUCGCGUGGGUUUGCUUUCGCACGCGACGGUACUUAAAAUAUCUGCCCUUCUCAGUUCUCAGAGCCUUACUCGAAGACCGCUUAGGCCUGAAAGGUUGUUCAGUCAGUCUCGAGGUGCUUACAAGCUUAAUGGAUGCCAUUUCUACCCAUGAGCACGGGCGCAACCAACGAGGGUGAAGAAAAUGCUCCCUGAAAAUGCCUAAUAAGAAAAGAAAGCUCGUUGUUCCUGACUAACAUGAUCCCAUUUGUGUAGCUGGCGAAGACCGAGUGCGACAGGCCGUGGGUCUGUCUGCAUCCGUCUGUCUGGCCCUUCUUACUUUGCCUCAUUAUUAGCACUUUUGCUAACAAUGUGAAGCAGUCCUUGAACUCUCCUACUGAGCCAGUCAAAUUGAAAACAACCAAGAACCUUUCUUUCUUUCUUUCUUUCUUUCUUUUUCAUCACUAUUGUCUUGUUUACAUGGCUUUUGAGGUUCCAGAGGAACGUGAAAACGCUCGAUCGUGCUGCGACGUUGCCUAGUUACAGCGAGACAGGUUUCGUUACAUUUUCUUUUCCUCUUUGUACGGAGUCGCAGGUGAUUAUUAGUCGGCCAGCGGAAACGCUCACACAGCAGCUUUCCAUCGUUGUUAUGUGAAUUUUCAGCUAGCUCCCGUCUGAUCGCUAGCGAAUGUUUGAAGUUAGCGCCGUAUCUACACUCCGUGGACGUCCGAGCCGGAGCCUGCACACUGCUGAUGAGCCGUGAGAUAUCAGACUCGUCUUGGAUUUUUUUUUUUUUUUUUAAUUAUUAUUAUUUUUAUUUUUUUUAAUUUAGAAAUAAUACAGGGUUAAGUUCAAAUUUCUUUACGUAAAGGAAGUCUGGCAGAUUCCGUUUUUGCUUUAAUAAAUUUCAGGCUAAUCGUUAUCCAUCUGUAGUGUGUGUGUGUGAUACCAAGACAUUUCCCUCAAUUGAGGUAUGAACAGAAAUCGCUGGAGUAUUUCUCUUAUUAUUAUUUUUUUCCUUAACGAAACACUGUGCCAAUACACACUCUUGAGUAAAAGAACUCCACCCAGACCUUCUACACCCUGUUAGCAAGCUCCGCCCCUUUCUUCCCACCUUCCUGGAGGUGUGGCUGACUGAGCAAGUGCCUAUGUAAUAACUUCCCUGCUACAUGUGCGUGUUUGCUAUGUGCCCAAGGAGCUCUGACCUCAGCUUUUAGUGCUUUUUUAUAUAUAUAUAUAUAUAUAUAUAUAUAUAUAUAUAUAUAUAUAUAUAUAUAUAUAUAUAUAUAUAUAUAUAUAUAUAUAUAUAUAUAUAUACACACAACUUCUCACUGGUGAAAUUUUGGACUUGAUGCCUCUUCAGGAGUUCUUCUUCUUUUAAGCUGAUUUGUGUUGAAUCUGUUGAAAUGGGUUUCUAGUACGUUUCCGGUGUUCCGCUGUUGUCCGAGACCCCAUGUAAGAUCAGGAUUUAUUCCUUAAGAGUUGUUCAGAUUCGAGCUCGUUUCAGCAGGCGGUCCUCUCGUGUCUGUGAGAACUCGCUGUGGAAUGUUCCAGUACUUUUGCAAAGCAGCAUCGUAUUGCUGUUCUCCGGUUCUGAAUGUUGCGUCUGUCUGUGGAAGGAGAUCAAACCUGCAGGAAGAGAAACGGUCUUAAGUGUCUUCACCCUUUCCUCUUUCCGUCUCGCUGAUCGGGUCACGGUGUAAAUUUGACCCCAAUUUGAAUCGUUUCUCCCCCUCCCCCACCUUGUAUACGUCAUCCUUUUGCUUCAUCAUCCUAAAUGUUCCUGUCUGUACAUAACCUUAUUUAUAUUUCAUUCCUUUCCGCCGCCUUGCUUAUUUUAUUAUUCUUAUACAUUUGUAUAAUAAACUGUACUUGGACCAUUUUUUCUUCUUUUUUUUUUCUUUUUUUUUUUUUAUAUAAAGUAUUAGAAUUUUUUCCCAUUUUUUAAAAAGUUUGUUAUUAUUAUUAUUAUUAUUAUUAUUAUUAUUAUUAUUAUUGUCUUAAAAUCUUAUUUUAAUUUCCAUCUGUUUUUAUAGUGUUAUUCAAAAUUUUGAAUAUAUGUGUAUAUAAUUAUAUAUAUAUAUAUAAUUUUAAAAAAUUAUAUAUAAUUAUAUAAUGCUAAAUGGCCUUUCUAAGCAAGGAACUGUUCCAAUCUAAUAAAAAUGCUUGAGAUUUUAUCACUGGUUCGAGUCUGAGUGGAAUGACUUUGUGUAAUUGUGUAUGUUUAUAAAUUUAUAAUUGAAAUAAAAUGAUCAGUAGUCGUUGUGGUUAUCUCACUAA